CGGGCUGACUCCCGUUUCGAGCCGGAUUUUUAUUUGCAACGGACUACAAUGAUGGCGGUGCUCAACGGUGACAUAUGAGUAUGUGGGCCAAUUUCUUUGAUUUUUAAGCACGUACUUGAGCGGAAUAAUUCGGACGAAGAUGGGGGUCAUAAGGCACGUCGUGUGCGCCAUGUCGGGCGGCGUUGACAGCUCCGUCGCGGCCUUGUUGCUCAAGAAAAGAGGCUACGAAGUGACCGGCGUUUUCAUGAAGAACUGGGAUUCCCUGGACGAAAGCGGCGUGUGCGCUGCAGAGAAGGACUGCGAGGACGCCGGCAAAGUGUGCCAGAUGCUGGACAUCCCCUUCCAUCAAGUCUCAUAUGUCAAAGAAUACUGGAACGAGGUUUUCAGUCAUCUGUUGAAGGAAUACGAGAAAGGAAGGACUCCCAACCCGGAUAUCAUCUGCAACAAACACAUCAAAUUCAACCAUUUCCACAAGUAUGCAAUCAUAACUCUAGGUGCUGACGCCAUGGCGACCGGCCACUACGCGAGGACUUCCCAGGAAGAUGAGGAGGUUUUCCAGCAGACCCCCAAAACAGCAGCCCCGCUCGUGCUCUUCAGGAACCGUUUUGAGUUCCGAAACCCGGUGAGGCUGCACAAGGGGGCCGACCUCAUGAAAGACCAGACCUUCUUCCUCAGCCAGAUCUCCCAGGACGCCCUGCGGCAGACGCUGUUCCCGCUCGCCGGCCUCACCAAGGACUUUGUGAAGAAAAUGGCGGCCGAAGCGGGGUUUCACCAUGUGCUGAAGAAGAAAGAGAGCAUGGGCAUUUGCUUCAUUGGGGAGAGGAACUUUGAAAAUUUUAUCCUGGAGUACCUCAAACCUAAACCGGGUAACUUGGUGUCCAUUGAGGAUGGGACUGUGAUGGGCACACACAAAGGGUGGUUCACACUGACGCUGGGCCAGAGGGCGAAGAUCGGAGGACAGAGGGAUGCCUGGUUUGUGGUGGACAAGGACGUCAAUACGGGCGACGUGUUUGUGGCGCCGACGACCAACCACCCGUCUCUUUUUCGCGACACCGUGCUCACGGACCGCUUCCACUGGAUCGCCGAGGACCCGCCGCCCGAUCUGGCCCGGACCAAGAUGAUGGAGUGUCACUUUCGCUUCAUCCACCAGAUGCCGCUGACUCCCUGCACUGUGACUCUCAACAUGGACGGCUCGGUGUGGCUCUCGCUCGCGCAGCCUCUCAGAGCGUUAACACCUGGACAGUUCGCAGUCCUCUACAAAGGCGACGAGUGCCUGGGAAGCGGGAAGAUCGUCCAGCUCGGGCCGAGCGAAUUCACCAUCCGGCGAGGUCGAGAAUGUUCGGAAGCCGCCCGGCUAAAUAAUCAGGAGCAGAACCCGGAACCGGUCAGAUGACAUCGCCUCGUACGGACCAUGAUGGGGGGACGACAACUCCUGGUUGCAUUUUAGACUAAGUAAGGCCUGACAGUCGUUUUUGUCACGGGCCACGCGCUGUAAAUGUAAAAUCACGACAUCUUUAUAUUUCAAUGGGCGCCGUUCAUUCCAUUAAAACAAAAAUAAUUGAACGGCAAAGUGAAUUUAAAAUCAUAAGUCAAGGAAAAUAGACAUGAGCAAGUAUUUAAAAAUACAACUUAGCGUCCUUAUUCGUGUCAUCAAGGGAUUUGGUGAAAAUAAAUGCUUGGAUUUAAGUGAAGAAAAAUUGUAAUGUUGAAUGAAAGGGAUAAAAAAAAUCAAUUUAGUAAGAAAUAUGAAAUCGGCCAUUUACAAAGCAGUUCAGUUCAGUUCUACAUAUGUUGCAUAUUUUUGUGAGGGAUUUUGAAAUGGGCGGCUGGUAAAGCGCUGGCCUCACAAUUCUGUGUGUGGAGUUUGCAUGUUCUCCCCGUGACUGCGUUGGGUUUUCUCCGGGUGGGCACUCCGGUUUCCUCCCCUCAAAAGAACCCGCAACAGUAAAUGGAUGCUCUAAAUUGCCUCUAGGUGUGAUUGUGAGUGCGCCUGUUUGUCUCCAUGUGCCCUGCGAUUGCCCGGCGACCGGUUCAGGGUGCACCCCUUCCUCCUGCCCGUUGACAGCUGGGGUAGGCCCCAGCACUCCCCGUGACCCGCGUGAGGAUAAGCGGUGAUGAAAAUGGAUUGAUGGAUUUUGAAAUGGGGAGAAUGGAUGUGACCCCCUUUUCAGUAGAUUCUUUACUGAUCAAAUUGGGGGGUUUGUGAUGAGCUCUUGUUAGAACGUGAAAAAGAGCAAUAGCAAUGAACUUUUCGUGUAAUUAUGUCAUAUACUUUUUUUAAAAAAAAGUGUGGCAAGCUAUACACAUCCAUCUGUGCAUAUGCUGAAUAUGAUCAGAUAAAAACUCAAGAAUAUCAACCAGUAUUUGUUUUUAUUAUUAUUAUUUUUCUGUGAGCUAAUGUACACGUUAGAAAAGACGCUAUUAAAAAAAUUGGUGACCGGGUGAGCAUUGUUGU